AUGGGUGAGAAUACGUGGCGACAUGCGAGACGCCAAGCGAAUAUGGCGGCACACAUCAUGGCACAUAGUGAUAUAAGCUGGAACUCUCCAGUGUUGUGGGUUGAUAGUCCUACACAUUUCCUUGUUAAUCAGUUGAUUUUGGACAAUGUAACGAUUUCAUCUGAUUAA